AUGGUGAAAAGUCUGGUGGAGGAUAUCCAUUCGUACGAAAGUAGUAGCCUUCUCAAUCUCCUUUCUACGGUUCAAACGGCACCUCCACAAUUCCUCCAGUACUUAGAAGAGAGCCUUCAGGCUCUUAUAAAAAUGACGCCAUCUUCACAAUUUGCAGAGUUGGUGGUAAGCCUGCUCAGUCUCGGCGUCACAUUUCAUGAUUCACAGCAAAUGCAUCAGAGAAUCCAAAAUACUUUUCGAAAUGGUUCUGCCCCACAAAUACACGCUCUAGUAAAGGGUAGAAGGCCUGAAAAUGAUGAGAUUGCAUGGGCUGAAUUACGAUCUCCCCUUAAUGAAUCCGAUAGAUCUUUGAUAUCUUCCAGAUACACUACUCAGAUGAUCAAGCAGGUGGCAUCCUACUACAUGAAGUUGGGAGAUCAGGCUAAAGUAUACGAAUACCUCAAUCUUAUCAAAGAUCGUCAUGAUGAUGGUAUCUACAAUCAGAUGCUUCUAACUUGUCACUUGAAGUUUGGUAAAAUUACUUUUCUUGAUAAAGACACCUAUCAGACCGCUGAUGAGGUGGUUGACAGUAUCCAUGCCGUUAUUUCGAAAUACCCUUCUGUCAAAUAUGGACAUGAAGUCAAAGAUUACAUACGAAAUACUGUAUUAAGGGAAUUAGUUGCCAAGAGAGUAUCGUCACUCAUUCUUUUCGAGAUCAUAUAUCUUCUUGUGCCUGCUUUAGUGCCUACCCUUAAAGCUCUAAAGCUUUGUGAAUAUUUCAAAGUCUCCGAAGAUAUGUGUUUCCGGGAAAUCAAUCACGGUAUUGUCGGUGGAUCUCCUCAGAAUGUCGGUAUUUUGGUUCCUGUUUAUGAACAACUCCUUAAGCAAGCCGUUUCUAAUGGUGCUGUUCUUGAUUUGUUGGAUGCUAUCAGCUCGCAAGCCGAAUCUUCACCAGAGGCUGACUAUAAGCCCUUGUUGAUUCCAUUCAUAGUAUUCUCUGAACAAAUCGAAGUCAGGGACCCUGAACUUAGUGAGGUCUUGAACGAUAAAAUUGAUAGAUUAAUAAAUAUUGGCAUAGUCUCUUCUGAUGUGUCAGCGGAUCGUAACAUAGAGCAGUCACUACAAUAUUAUCAAGGAAACUCUAAAUCAUACCUUAAGUUUCUAGAUAGCUUGGCUUCUUGUCCGGAAAAGCAAUCGUUUCUAGUUUUAUCCAGUGAUCUUUUGGAUAGAAUUUUUGGUAUGUUUGCUGAGAGAGAUUACAACCUGGUAUUUUCAAAGCUACUUAAGGCGAACUUCAAGUUUUCAUCAAAGCCUCAGGGGAUGGAUAGCUGGUUUAACAAGCUUAUCAAAAACGGAAAGGAUGAAUAUCUUUACCUUUUCUUUAGAGGUCAUGAGAUGUCCAAUAGAGACACCAGUUCAUUAGUUGAUUCGCUGACUUUUGACGAAGCUAAGGUGAUCAUUUCCCAGUUCCCAAAUGCUUACCCCCAUACUAUUGCAUUAAACUAUUUCUUACCUCAGAAGAACUCCCAGAAGGUAGAAGAGUACUUAAGAUUAGAGAAGUACAUCAUUGAGUGGUCGCAUUCCAAGAAUAUUACCCAGCAGCUCCAGAGUUAUCAGGCCGCAUUGAUUUCUAGUUCUGCGAUUUUAGGUACAUUGUUUGGAAAGCUUCCUAAGAGCUCUGAUCUUAAUUUAGAGUAUUUGGUGGAUGAUCUUGAUGGGAUAAUGAAAUCUUUUGAUUUGGCAAGCCUACCUCAGAAAACUCUAGCCACUAUUCAUAGCGCUAAUGUGAUGAGGCUGUUGCAAAAUGGAGUGUCUCCGAAGUUGGCUGUUUCCUAUUUGUGUCUCUAUUACCCUUCUUUUGGUGAGACCUCACGAAGGCUAGGAUUCUUUAAGUUUUACCGGUUAAGUGAAUCCGAUUACGACUGUAUCAAACCUAAAAGCGAAUUUCUCGUAUUGAACAAAUCGGUACCACAAAGUAGGUUGCUGACAUUUAUUUAUAGACAGAUGCUUGUGGAAAGCUCUCGUAUCACUUCUGAUGUCCUCAAAGAGCUGUUUGAUAAUGUUAUUCGUGAAAAUGGUGCUAACAGUAAUGCGUUUACGAGCAUUACAGCUUACAAUAUUGCUGAAUCGUUCAUGCAGUAUGCCGUCAAGUUCGUGCGGAUAACUGAUCCAGCACUUUAUGAUUAUAUCAUAAGCAGGAUCAUCAAAAUCAGCUCAAAUUUUGAAGGAGAUAAUAAAAAGGGAUUGUUGUUCGGGCUUCGUGAUUUAUUGGAAAAGCGUAGUGCCAACUACUUCGGUUUAAGCACAUUUUUGGAUAGAUCAUUACCACUUGCAGAGCCCGUCAAAUUACCUGAAGACAUUGCACAACGUAUGGUUCGAAUCACUCCUAAGGAUAAGUUAGUGGAGUUGUUUGUAAGGUUGGUUCGUUGCAAUAUUAAGCCUAUCAACUCAAGAGAUAUUGAUCAGAGUAUAUACAGGGCUUUGAAGAGUAACAAUAGAUAUCAGAUCUACUGCAUUUUGAAAGGUCAUAUUCCUAAAAUGGAUGAAUCAGGCAGGCUGUUGCUUGAUGAUAGCUGUCUAACGGCACAAGAGGCGGAGGCUAUUAAGAAAACUUAUCCAAGAAAUGUUUUCUUUCACAUUAUAAUCAAUUACUAUAUGCCAAGGAAAGACUCCUCUAAAGUGGACGAAUACUUGGACUUGUUGAAUCAGAAUAUACUUCUGCACUCGAUAUCUGAGCACGAUAAAGAACAAGGGUUGAACGUUUACAGAGAGUUGUUACUUUCUAGAGAUCUUUUUUUUGGCCGGUUCUUCGACUACAAAGAGUUAGAUGAGGAUCUAAAGAAAAGUCAAGACAAGCAAAUUUACGAGUUGAAGGACCUUCCCUCCAUUGUUCAUGGGUUGGAAAGAAAUAUUGCUGAGUACCACAUAAAGCAGUAUUCUGGAUGGGUGAUCUUCAUGGCUCAUUACCACAAUCUAUCUGGAAUCUUAGCAUACAUGGAUCCUAAGCUACGUCUGUACUAUACGGUACUAUUUUUUCCAAAGUCAUGGCAGGUUUACGAGCAAUUGGGGUUGACAAAAUUGUUGGAUGUUAGUUUGGAUGAUGUUGAAAAGUCUGUGAAGAUUGAGAAUCGUGCGCUUAUUCUUCCUGAAGAUGAUAUGCAUAUCAAGCAAUUGACAUUCCUCUACAAAGAUGUGUUUAUGUCUAUGGGUGACAAAAUCAGUGAAGUCCAAGGUAUGGAGCUUUUGAAUCGAUUGGUUGCUUAUUCCAAGCAGCAUAAGGAUACUGAACUGUUCCAUCCUAAAAACUUUUCAUCAAUCUUCCAUCGAUUUAUUACCUUUGCUGCCAUUAGGAAGUAUCACAAGUUGUUAUAUCGAAUUUAUUUUGUCAUAGAAGAGAACGACUAUAGUUAUGACCACAUCGAUGACUUCCGAAGCUAUGUAUUGGAGUCACUGGUGCAGGAGGACCCAAAAUUAAGUGUUGCCAAACUAGAGGAGUUGAAAAAGGAGCAUCCAGAUCUGAAAGUACACUACAAGACGUAUGCCAUGAUGAUCAAGACUUUGGCUAUGAGCGAGGAUAGCAGUGAUGACGCUUACAAAGUGUACAUGUUCUUUAGUCAGGACUAUCCUGAUUUCAGAUCAAAGGGUGACAGCCUUAACUUACUUCCACUCAUUAAAAAUUUCCACUGGAAGAAGGAUACCAAAUUUGCCAAACAGUUUAGAUUUUCAGAGAAAAAGUCGGAAGUGAAAGUAAAGGUGGACAAGUUCAACGUUAAACUAUACGACUACGACCAGUUGGGAGAUUAG